UUGUUGACAAAUGGGAUGGUUGGUGAAGCUUUUAAUGAAAAUUUGGAAACGAUUUUGAAACAUUUGGAGAGUGGGCAAGUGUCGAGCAUUGGUGUUUAUGGUAUGGGUGGUGUGGGCAAAACGACACUGGCAAAGCACAUUCACAAUCAACUCCUCCAACACUCUCAGGGACGUGUUAUUUGGGUUACAGUCUCUCAAGAAUUUAGUGUUACGACUUUACAAGAUGAAAUAGCUCGUUUCAUAGGUCUGGAUUUUGUGGGUGAGAAUAAUGAAGACAAAAGGGCAGCGAGACUCCAUACAACUUUGUCUCACAUGAAGAAUUCAGUGCUGAUAUUAGAUGAUGUGUGGGAAAAUAUUGAUUUUUUAAAGGUUGGAUGUCCCGUUUCUGUCGAGUGUUGUAGGCUGAUUAUAACCACUCGCUCCUUAGAAGUGUGUCGUCAAAUUUGUUGCCAAAAAGUGAUUCCAGUGAAAACUCUACAUCAUCACGAGGCAUGGAAAUUGUUCAAUGAAACGCUAAGAAAUGAGAUAGAACUUGAUUCUUUGGCAGAAGAGGUUGCCAGAUCUGUGGCAGAAUUGUGUGGUGGUCUGCCCCUAGCAAUUGUUACGGUGGCUGGAAGCAUGAGGGGCGAGAGAGCCAUUUAUACAUGGAGAAAUGCUUAUGUAGAAAUAAAAGAACGUGUCUCAGGGAAUGACGGCGAUGUUUAUAAAGUAUUGAAAUAUAGUUUUGAUCGGUUGAAUAGGAAUCGUCAUAGCCAGAGUAAUGAGUUCAAUGCAUUGCAACAUUGUUUCCUGUAUUGCGCGUUAUAUCCUGAAGAUGAAGAAAUAAGGAGAAAUUGUCAUACUGAACGGGUGAAGAUGCAUGAUCUGUUAAGAAGUAUGGCAUUGAAGAUAUGUGAGGGGAAAUAUAUGGUAAGAGCAGGUGAAAUUCCCAAAGAAGCAGAAUGGGCAAAGGAUCUGGAGAAGUUCAUCCCAGAUUCAUUCUUUUCUAAAAUGCAAGGACUAUGCACUCUUGAUUUGAGCGGGGCUAGCAUAACGAAGCUGCCAAACUCAAUCUGUGCCUUGAAGAGCCUCAAGGCAUUGCUCCUUAGGUCGUGUCGUAAUCUAGAAAAUGUGCCAUACUUGGGAGAGAUGAAAGAACUCAGGGAGUUAGACCUCUCGAAUACAGCCAUCAAGGAAGUCCCUCAAGGAGUUGGGGAAUUAAUCAAUCUCAAAUUCCUCGCAUUGGAUGCGUUUGAAUUAGAGAUGCUUUCAGAAGGAUUGUUCCUUAAACUUGGGAAACUCCAGCACUUGGAAUUACGAUUGCAUAUAGAAGUAAAAGUUGAAGAAAUUAAGAAUCUGAAACUGCUUGAGGAGUUUAGUGGAAGAAUGGAAAAUCUCAAAGUCCCAUUAGCUACGAUAACGAGCUCAAAGGCAUCUUUGAUUACAAGUUGGGGAAGUCGGGUACGUGACACUUGCUACAGAAUAUUAGUGGGAUCAUAUUAUGAAGAACAUGAAUUCUAUACAACAGGAGGAACGUGUCAUGAUAAAGAGUUGUUCUUGUCUGAAUGCAACCUUGAAGAAGAGAGAGUAUUAGCAGAGGGUCUGGGCAUAUGCUUUGUGGAAGGAUUGAAGAUUUUGACAAUUCAAAGUUGUGAAGGAAUAGAGUACAUUUGGAGGAGUGAGGCAGGAUUAUCAUCUCAAAUAUCUGCUCUUGAAAAAAUUGAACUGCUUGAGUUGGAUGGUAUGAAGGGGUUGAUCGAACAGGGGGAAAUUGGAGCAUCAGCUGCACUUGCACAACCUGUGUUUUCCUCUCUGACACGGCUUUCAAUUAGUAACUGUAACAAGAUGAGGAUACCAUUACCAGGAGCUCCCAACCUCGAAGAUAUUCAUAUAAGCGAGUGUGAAGAAAUAGAAGAGAUAUUCGAAGAUGAAGAAAGACAUUGCCUCGCCCUCCCAAAAUUAGAACGAGUACGGUUACAUGAUCUUCCAAGACUGAGGAAGGUGGGGAUAUCACUAUCACGAGUUCCCAACCUUGAAGCUAUUUGUGUGACUAAGUGUGGAGGAUUAGAAGAUGUGUUCGAUGAUGAAGGAACAGGUUCCCUCACCCUCCCCAAUUUAAUAAGGUUGAGGUUGGAAGAGCUUCCAAAAUUGAAGAGCCUAUGCAAGGGAACAACCAUCAUUUGCAACUCCAUUGACUCUAUCUAUAUAAGAGAGUGCCCAAGAUUGAUGAACAAACUUCCUGUGGUUGUGGAUUCGGCUAUGCCUCGACGAUGUAAGAUAGAGGUGAACACAGAACUGUGGGAAUCAUUGAUGUCGGACAAUCCCAACCUCUCUCUAUUUUCCAAAGGCGGUGAAUAUUUUAUCUUAUAUUUUUGA